AUGACUUUACGACACCCCGUAUAUGAUCCUUCAUGCAAUAAUUAUAACAAUGUUAUCACCAACAAUAUUGAUGAUGUAAACAACAAUCAUACCAAUAGUGACAACUUUAACAACAACAUCAACAACACCAACAACAGCAUCAACAACAACAUCAACAAUAACAACAACAACAACAGUGCCAACACUGUAGAUAAUAAUGCUACAACCCACAGCGCAAAUAUCAGUUGCAAUUGGAACAUCAUCAAUAGUGACAACCCUAACAACAACAUCAACAACACCAACAACAACAUCAACAACAACAGCAUCAACAAUAACAACAACAGUGCCAACACUGUAGAUACCAACGCCACAACCCACAGCGCAAAUAUCACUUGCAAAUGGAACAUCAUCACAAGAAGCAAGAAGAACCACAGCGAUGAUAAUAAUAAUAAUAACGUUAACAAUAAUAAUAAUAAUAAUAAUAACGUUUUUAAAUAUUGUCAAAAUAAUAUUAAUAAUAUGUAG